GCAUCAGGCUGUGUGGGGAGCACAGACACCAAACCCAUUAAAUACCAAUCACGUCAUAAACACCCUUCAGUUCUGCCAGAACACACAUUAACUGCACCCACCUCAGCCAUACCCAUAAACGUGUUACACCUCAGGUGUUCCCGUAAAGCAGCCACGUAGCCUUCAGAAACCUUUAACACCUGACUGAGAUCCCAAAGCACUUCAAACAUGAGCAGAAACAAGCAGUUUAUUUGUUUUUAGCAAACAUUGCCACCCUCCCAGUGAGCUGUUGGUCAGAUAUAAACGGGAAGGUUCCAGCAGGAUUCCCCAUUCAAUCCCUCCUGCCCUGCCCACGCCCGGCUGGGGAGCCCCGCGCUGGCAGCAUGAGGGGCACGGCGCUGGCUCUGGGCUGCCUGGUUCUCCUGCUCCUGGCACGGCAGGGGACAGGGGAAGGGAACGCGGUGCGGCUCUGCGGGAGGGAUUUCAUCCGAGCCGUGGUGUUCACCUGCGGCGGCUCCCGCUGGAAAAGGCUCCUGGCUGAGCGCCACGACCCGCGGGGGAGUGAAAACCCCCAGCAUUUCCCACAGGAGGACGAGGGUGAUGCUGACUUCUCAGCACAGGCAGAGCUGAGGAUCCACAGCCAGGAACCCCAGGAUGUCAAACCCGAGCAAGACUUGCAAAGCACCAGCAAAACUUCUGAGCUGAACAAACGUGAGGCAGCCAACGUGCUCGCCACAUCCUGCUGCAACGUGGGCUGCAGCAGGAGAGAGAUCAGCUCCCUGUGCUGAAAUGCAGCAGCUCGGUGCCA